UUGUAGUGUUUAUAAAUUCUUCACAUUUUUCCUUGUAACUUCCUAUUCUAUCUUCCGUCAAUUUUUGUACAUUUGUUUUAACUCACAACAAGAUAUAUACUCUUCUUCGAAUUUCGUUCGUCUUCUGGUGUCGGUGACGUUGUGCCGCCUUCGAGUGUUGUGUGUGCUUCGCAUCGGUUGUUGGAUCUCUAUUUACGAUCAGCGUUCUAUUCCUCCGUUCGUGUCAUCGGACAGGUUUGCUGAUUUUUCACCUUUCGUAACCUGACCGUGAGCAAUCGUGUUAAGGUCCUAUUCGCAGCGGUUCUAACUCUCUGUCAGACACUAUAUUUGGUGACCCCGCCUAUUAAAUUUUUUUGAUUACUUUUCUUCUUUUUUUUCUCCUUAUGUCUGACUACGCUGCUCCCCGUGAACCGUGUGAAAACUCAAUUGGCUUUUCGUUACCCACCUUUGAUGUUUCAAACCCUCGUGUUUGGUUUAUUCAGGUGGAGGCCAUCUUCCGAUUUCGGAAGAUCACUUCGCAAUCAUCGAUGUUUUCAUACGUCACCGCUCAUCUUCCUUCACAGAUAGCCUCGGAGGUGAUCGAUAUUCUUGAUCCGAUGCCGACUGAAUCGCCGUAUGAGAAGCUCAAAUCAGCCAUUCUAAAACGCACUACGGCUUCCGAUGAAGCACGUCUACACAUGCUGCUUUCUGGCAUAGAGCUUGGAGACCGCAGCCCGUCUCAACUCCUCCGGCACAUGCGUUCACUUGUGGGUUCCUCGACCCUGGACGAUUCCAUCCGCAGACAGAUCUGGACUAAGUGCCUUCCAACAAACACCACGGCAAUUUUAGCAGUCCUCGCUGAUGAGCUUCCGUUGGACAAACUAGCCGAAGCGGCUGACAAAGUCCAUGAACGCUUCUUUAAAUCUGCUGUGAAUAAUGUGACUGGACCGAGCUCCACUAGUCCAUCUGGAAGUACCGCACUUGAGGAUAUUAGUGAACGACUCUCGCGCUUAGAACUCGCUGUGUCUCACAUCGGUCGUGAACGACCUGCUAACCGUAGAUUCAACUCAAGGAGUGGCCGCCGCAGUCAAUCCCGCACCAGCCGAUCGCGAUCAUACUGCUACUACCACCGCCGUUUCGGCGAUGCUGCUCGUAAUUGUCGUCCAGGUUGUAAAUACCCGAAGACGUUUUUGGAUUCUCGGCAGGGAAACGACAACGCCAGCCAGUGAUGGCGACAGCUGCUGCUGGCCAAACCAUUAGUCGCCUCUUGUACGUUUUCGAUUCCACCACCAAACUUCAUUUUUUGGUUGA